AUGACUGGUGGCAGCGCAGAAGUUUCUAAGAAAAUUCGAGCUGCUAUAAAGGCUAAGUUGGAAGAGCUUGGUGUAUAUGUAGAUGAAGAAUUGCCUGAUUAUAUAAUGGUAAUGAUUGCGAAUAAGAAGGAGAAAACACAAAUGAAAGAAGAUUUGUUACUUUUCUUGGGCAAAAAUUCUGAGAAAUUUGUGGAUUGGUUGUUUGACAUUUUCGAACGUUUGCAAUUGGCCAGUGUUCCGAAUGCUGUCCAGGAAUUAAACGAUAGCAAACGAAAGGAUAAUGAAAGCAGUGGUCAUCGAAAGGAUCUGGAAAAUGCGAAUAAAAGAGAAAAAGAGAAAACAAUGGAUAAAAAGAAAAAGCAAGAAAGCUCUGGUUCGAAGAGUGCAUUAAAGGAGCACGAAAAAAAAGAAAAAGAGAGGCAGCGCGGAGUGAAAGAACCUGAAAGAAGAGAAAACGAAAAACGUACUGGCAUUGCAAAAGUUGUGAAGUCGAAGCCAUCACAUAGAACAAAAUCUCCUGUUUUACCUCCAGAAAAGACACAUCGUCGAAAAAGACUCGAAAGUCCUGAACGCCGAGGAACUGUACGUUUCGGAGUGAGACGAGAUGAUGGUGAAAGAAAUGAACGAAAAAUUUUACCAGUGAAAUCCGAUGGUAGGGCAGAAAGAGAGGCAAGGGAAGACGCAAAGUAUUCCAAAAGACGAAAUGAUGAAGAGGAUAAACGAUCCAGGAGAGUUACCUGCGCAAGCAAGAUAUCAAAUGAUGCGGGGCAAGGUGUUCUACAGCAGAAAAAGCGAAAAUUACAGUCUCGUUCACCAUCAUUAGAGGAAGAUGUUGACAAAGAAGAACGCAUUGCUACGGAAGAGUCUGAUCGCUUUUUGAGAAGCAAGAAGGUGCAGUCAUCUGCAGUUGUUAAAUUACCGCCAGAGCCAACUGUAAAAUCCGUUUCAUCUCAAGUAGUAGUGAAGCGGAAACUACCUGAGAAAGAAGUAACGACCAAACAAUCUCGUGGCGUGAAGUCACUAUUCUUGAAAGCGAUUAAGGAAGCGGGCGAAACAACAAGAACAGCAAGCCAGAUUGCCGGUUAUGGUAAUGGAUUGGCAGCGAAAAAAGAGAAAGAAGUGGCUGAUCGCGGGAAACAUAAACAGAAUGAUAUGAAUGUUUUGGAUGAGGAAGAGGGUAUUGAAAUCGAUGUUUACGAUGAUAUUGGUGAUGCUUUGGUUGUCAUGCCGGAUGAAUCAAACGGUGGAAAUAGUAAUAGUCGUUCGAUCGUACAAACAAUUGAUGAAUGCAGUUUAAGUGAACCAGAAGUGGAAAGAAAACGCAUGCGGACAUAUGGACCAAGUUCUAUAGAUGAACCAAAAUUUUACAUAACCUUAAAAGGCGAUGCAAUCAGCGGCUUGGCUAAACGACUUACGAAAAUUGGUGAAGGGAAUGUUGAGAUUGUUAGUAAGAAGAAGGCAAAAAGGCGUCGGAAUGAAACGAAUCCAAUUUUGGCUCAUCUGAAUCUGUCGCAGCCAAGACAGGUAAGAAGAGAAGUGUCUCACGAGAAGUCAAUUGCCAACAAUAUGGAAAAUGAAGCAUGCAUGGUAGCACGUUCUAAUGAGGUUUCCAGUGAUUCGAAUUCGAAACCUUUACCUGCGUGGGAUUUGCAAAUACAACUACCAGAAGAAGAUACGAGUGAUGACGGGGAUGAUGAUGGUGAUGAUGAGGCACAAAUUGAUGCUGUUCUUGCCAGUGCUCAGACGGUUGGUCAAGGUUUUGAUGAGGUACCGCCAACUCCAACCCUAUCGAGUCCAUUAUUUCGUCCGCAAACUCCACCGCCACAACUUUUUUAUAGUGCACCACGACAAAAUGUAUUCACUGCUAAUAGACAGGUAUCAAAUGUAUCAAUAGUAUCAUCAGCGGGGGCUGAAAAAAUAAUGGAACGCUGUAAAUUUUGGCCAAAUUGUUCUCUCCAAAACUGUGUAUAUAUUCACCCAAGUAAACCGUGCAGCAACUUUCCGAACUGUUCGUUUGGUGAUCGAUGUAUUUAUAUCCACCCGCAAUGCAAAUUUGGUCGUAUGUGUUUAAAUGCGAAUUGUGUCUAUGCGCACAUUUUGAAGACAGCGACGGCUGCAGCAUCAUCAGUAGCUUCAUCGGUUGAGGGGGGAGUACAGACACCGCUGAACUCAACGGCUUCGUAUGCUUUGAACGUUCCAUGUAAAUAUGGUGGGAAAUGCGCGAAUGCCAGCUGUAGUUUCAAACAUCCUAAGCUUUGUCGUUUUGGUGAUCGUUGUACGAAUCGUGCCUGCUAUUUUUGGCAUCCUAAAGCGAGUGCUGUUGCACUUCUUAGUGCAGCAGGUGGAAAAUAUCGGUGGAAGGCACCAAGUGUAGCAGCAACUUGA